CUUUCUUUCGCAAUGGUUGUAACCAGCGAACAGGUGCUACAGACUGACACUCAGGGCGCGAAGACAAAGCAGAAGAAGCAAAGGCAACGCAAUCGACCCCGCAACAAACGAAAUCGCCACGAAGACCACAAUCUAAACUACACACCAGGAACCGAAAGUGCAGCCAUCGAUUCUGCAAGUGCAAUGCCGGGCGAUAAGAGGGAAAAAACGGAUGCAGUGGUUUCGGAGAAAACGCGGGAGCAGAUAAUGGCCGAGCGGGAGGCCAAGAAGCUGGCCAAACAGGCUAAGAAACAGAAGAACCCCACCGCGGCUGCUCCUGCCGUCCCGGCCACCACAAUCAUCACGGAAGUAGAGCAAACCACCAUAACCACCAAGCUGACGACAACCACCACAACUACUGCGAAGGAGAAGUUGGUUAUUAGAAAAGAAGGCGGAUUCGGCCCCUCAAAAACAGCCCCAGUCCCCGUGGAGAACGGCAAGCAAGCGCAGGCGACGGAAGAGAAGACUCGAGAGCAGAUCAAGGCCGAAAGGGAGUCCAAGAAAGCGGCCAAAAAGGCAGGCAAAACGACGGGAGAUAAGGUUGAGUCCGCCACCCAGCAGUUAUCGAACCUAAAGGUGUCAGAAAAGGCUCCAGCAGCAGCUAAAGCACAACCUCCCACCUCCAACGAAACAGAUCAGAAAAAACCAGCACUCACAAAGGGCGAACGCCGGGCCAUCCAGGAAGCCCAGCGUGCAGCCAAGGCCCAGGGACAGGCCAAGAAACCGCAGCCUGGUGGCAAGGCGCCCGCUGCUGCCCCGCCCAGCAAGGAACUUAAACGGGAGAGCGCGUCUCCAGCCAAAGCAGCCACAAGUAGCUCGCCCAGCAAAACUUCAGCAGCCGGAGUUCCGCAGGGAGAGUGCCGGGUCAGGCUCUUCAAUCACCUGGUUUGCGCCAAGGGAGACAGCCAGUUCAUCAACGAUCCACUCGUGCAUCCGAGCAUAGCUCGAUUGGGUGUCCAAUACGCCAAGAGAACGGUUGUGGGCUCAAAUGCGCGCUGCAUCGCUUUUCUUCAUGCGUUGAGACAAGUGGUCCAUGACUUUGAGACGCCACCGAAGAAGGAGUUUGGACGAAGCUUAGAUGCGGCUGUAAAGCAUCACGUGGAUCAUCUGCACAAGUGCCGACCUCUGGCCGUGUCCGUCUCAAAUGCCUACAAGCAGUUUAAGAACCAGCUCACCCAACUGCCUGCGGAUAUGCCCGAAACAGAGCUAAAAGAACUUCUUGACCACUUCAUUGACACAUACAUCGAGAAUCAAAUAGGCAAAGCAGCUCAAGCGAUUAGCGGCUUCCUCCAAGAAAAGAUCACGGAUGGCGACGUCCUUCUCACCUUUGCCUGCUCUUCCCUUAUCCAGUUCAUCUGUGAGGAGGCCAAGCGGCGACAGGUAUCCUUCCGCGUCAUUGUCGUCGAUUCCCGUCCCGGCUGCGAGGGCCAGGAGAUGCUGCGCCGGCUGCAUGCCUACGGUAUCCCUUGCACCUAUGUUCUCAUCAAUGCAGUGGGCUAUGUAAUGGCAGAGGCCACCAAGGUGCUGCUGGGAGCCCAUGCCUUGCUAGCCAACGGCUAUGUGAUGGCCCGGACGGGCACUGCUCAGGUGGCACUAGUGGCCAAUGCCAACAAUGUCCCAGUGCUGGUCUGCUGUGAGACGCACAAGUUUAGUGAGCGCUUCCAGACGGACGCCAUCGUGUACAAUGAGCUGAGCGAUCCCAACCAGCUGGUGCGUGGCGAUAAGUGUCAGCUGAUCAAUUGGGCGACCAAGGGCAAGCUGAUGCCACUCAACCUCAACUACGAUAUAACUCCACCGGAACUGGUGAAUGCCGUGGUCACCGAGGUGGCCAUCCUGCCUUGCACCAGUGUUCCUGUUAUUCUUCGCAUCAAGCCGGACAUUGGCUACUAGCUGCAGGAGGAGAAUUGUUGAAUAAAUAAUUUUUAUUACACUUUUGA